AUGGGUCAAUAUAAUCAGUUUGUGGAUGACACAGUCGAAGAUAUAAUCCACAGUAUCGAUUAUUUAAUAUCAAAAACUGGACUCGGAACUUCAUACUAUAGAUGCUCGAGUACAGGAGAAUGUCGAGAGUGUCAACGUCCAGGUCCUAAGCAUUGGUGUAUACCUUAUCAGACGCGUCGAUUCCAACGUAAAUUUAAAAAAUGGACGAGUGGAAGUGAAGAACUUGACGAAUUUAUUAGACAAACACAACUUGCUUCUACAAGUCGUACCAAGGUUGCUCUUAAAUGUCUGGAUAAUUCACAGAAGAUUACCAAUAAAUUCCUUGAAGAGAUUAAGACGCAUCAUCGUGCUAUUAUUGGUGAUCAUAUGCCUCGUUGCUAUGGAAUUACACGAGGUCCAAAUGACGAGUAUAUGAUUGUGAUGCAAUACGCGAAUGAAGGCAGUAUAAGAAGUUACUUUAACAAGAGUUUUAUCGAAAUUGGAUGGCGAGAUAAGCUUCAAAUGUUAAAGGAAACUAUCGAAGGAUUGCGUUUAAUUCACAACACGGGUUUUCUUCAUCGAGAUCUUCACACCGGAAAUCUCUUGAGAAACGUUGACGAGAUAGGGUGUCAAUCCAUUUUUAUCGCUGAUCUUGGUCUAACAACACCAUUGGAUGACAAGCGAGCCUCGACCAUCGUAGAUGAAAAACCACAAAAUUCCUCGUCAUAUGAGCCAACAAAUUACGAAUUUAUAGAAUUUGAGGAAGCUGAAGUUGUUGAUUCUGGUCAAUUAGAUCUUUUUAUUCCAAAGACAGCACGUCCACGAGACGACUUGCCAAAAAUACCAGAAUUAAGAGUAGACUCUCUGCUAUUUCCAUUAGAUUCUUAA